AUGGUCUCCACUGUCCAACUCGACGCAGGCGCGUUCCCCCACAUUCUCGACCUCGUCCUGGAGGCGUCUGCCCUCACCACCCUCCUCGCGUUUCGCGGCACGUCACACACGUUCAAGACCAAGGUGAACACCGUCCUCCAGCGCAAUGGUUAUCAAAUUGUCAUCAAGGGCAGCACUACUGGUACCCCAAAGGUCACCUUUCGUGACAGCAACGUCGUUCCUAAACACUCGGCUGCGCACCUGGCGCCGUCUGUUCGGCUGGUCGAUGUUUACAACAGCGCUUUCAACCACGAUCUCAGCGGUCUUCUUCCCUUCCUGAAGCCCGACUUUAUUCGGAUCUUCGACUACACGCGCAUGACGAGCAGGUUGCCCUUUUCGGCGCCCACCGUUAUCAUUUCACUCGAUGCGUUCCCCACCGAAACGCAGUGCAGUCACUCCACUCCCAGCUUGUUCUCUUGCUACACUUCAAAUGAGGUCGUCGCCCGCGUCGUCAUCAACGUACGCACCAGAGACAAGGGCAUGCCCUCUCUCUCAAGCUCCCAGGUAGCGGUCCUUCGCUUCCCCUUGAAUGUCCGUGAGGCUGUAUUCCUCUUCUCCCAGGUGGCGAGUCACAAUGAAGGAGGUACCCUCAUUGACGAUGCCCUCAACAAUAGCACCCCACUUGUCAACGCCAUCGUUGACUGCAUGCGCCACUCUUUCUGGAUGAACAUCACAUUCGUCGACACCGGAUUUAUGGUGAGGCGUCCCAACGACCGGCUUCCCAUCGAGUUGUACCAUGAUGCCAUGGACCAAGCGCUCCAGGCGAUGAACGAACACCCGCAGGGGCCGUACAAUAAUCAAUCCAUGGGCAAUUCCUCCUCCGCACAGUUGCAUUUCGACCGUACUGCCACCUAUCGCAUGAGCAUCGGAGAGGAGCAGUUCACUAUCGAGACGAUGUCUAUUGGUUGA